AGGGUCUCCAAAAUGGUACAUGAAUGCUAUAGGGAAGCUAAUAAAGUAAUUAAUAGAACACGCCAGUAAAACAUACUUACAAUAAAUACGCUGCAAACUUAAACACUUCCAGGUUAGCACCUCCCAUAGUUGACAGUUCAGGGUCAACUUGUCACAAACGACCAUCAAGUAAGAAGAAAACUAGAAAUACCCAAGUUAUACAUCGCAAAUGGUUGAUAUAGAGCCUGAAUUCGAGAAUAUAUCCUUAUCGUCUAGCCAGAUAACUGCGACUAUGAUACCCAAAGAUAACGAAAUUGACAGCAAAUUGUCUCAUAAUAGGACUAGAUCAUAUAGUAGUCUACAAUCUGACAAAGAUAAAGAUACUGGAUUGCUACUACGCAGGGUCGACGAGACCGUCCAUGAGAAUACGCAGAACAGACAAUCGAUUGAACGGGGUAAACAGGAGCUUAUUCAUAAUUUAGAAGAAAAGGAGAAAGUAAAGAAAUCUUCCGAUAUUGAUUGGCAGUUUUGGGGUGAAGUUAUGGCCAAUUAUGAGGAAGUAGCACGAACACAACCACAUGCGUUAUCUAAAGCUAUCCAGAAGGGCAUUCCGAAGGAAUUGCGCGGGAUGGUAUGGCAGUUGAUGAGUAGCUCAAAGAACUCAGAACUCGAAACACUUUAUCAGGAGUACCUCAAGCUAUCUUCCGUCAAUGAUAAAACGAUCUCGAAGGACCUUUCACGGACAUUCCCAGCAUUGGAGUAUUUUCAAGACCCUGACGCGGUCAAUUGGUUGUUUAACGUUGCAAAAGCCUAUUCGUUAUACGACGUUGAGUGUGGAUAUACCCAGGGAUUGCUCUUUGUGAUUGGGCCUUUGUUACUCAAUAUGCCAGACGAAGAGGCAUUCUGUCUACUCGUCAGAUUGAUGCAAUCUUACGAUCUCAGGGGGCACUAUCUACCUGAAAUGCCCGGACUACAUUUACGUUUAUUCCAAUUCGAUAGAUUGCUCGAAGAGAUUCUACCGCUGCUACACACCCAUCUCACCCGUCAGGGAGUCAAGAGUUCGAUGUAUGCUAGCCAGUGGUAUAUGACUCUCUUCUCCUAUCGUUUUCCACUUGACAUCGUCUACCGGAUAUUUGAUAACAUUUUCGCGGAAGGUAUAGAAGCUAUCUUCAGAUUUGGGAUAGCGCUCAUGAAAAAGAAUGAAGAUAAGAUCUUGAGUUUGCAAUUUGAAAACAUAUUAGAUUUCCUCAAAGAGGGUUUGCUUGAGGUGUACAGAAUACCGCAAGGUGAGGGCUCUCAGAGAGGAAGCGAAGCUUUGCAGGCACCAUUAUUGAAAGGACAAUCACACAGCUCACCGCAUUCGAGUAUGACGGGUAGUGUCUCACCCCGUCUAGCCACUUCAGCAGACAGUGGGGAGUGGGAUUGCGAUACGUUCGUCGCUGACGCAUUUGAAAUACGGAUAACACCAUUUCAACUAGACGCUUACGCCUCCGAAUGGGCUGAGACGUGUUACAAUAUAAAUAAACAUGCUCAUGAGGUUGAUGGGUUGCGUCUCGCAAAUAGGAACCUAUCAUCACAAAUUAAGAAACUAGAAGCUAGUCUGACGCAGAUAAAUGGCGAGCAUUGCGAGCUUGUGAAGACACUGGUAAACCUACGAAUCGAGAAGGAUGAAAUGGAGGAAUCACUCGUUAACCAAUUAGUGAAAAUGCAGGUAGAGAACGCAGCCAGCCAGGAUGAGCUCAAGAAGACACAAGAACAACUAUCGCGGUUGUCUUGAACUGAUGUUUCAAUUUUUCGUCAUUCCUUUCGAGUUUGGAUGUUUAUGAAGAUUGUAUGAAAUGUAAAAUAAAAAGAGAUAUCUAUCUAUUUUAUGAAUU